AGAUGGUAGGCAGUUCAGUCAAGUUAUUAAUUUCUUUUCGUUUCGUCUUCGUCGGCAUAUUUUAUUUCAAAAGAAAUAAAAAGUUUAUUUAUUUUCUGGCUCUAAGCCUUUUAAUAUAUCUAUCAUUCAUAACAAUUAGUAAUCAGCAGCCGUAACUUUUGUAUAACAUUUAAAAUGUCCAAUGAAGAAUUUGUGAAUCCAGAAAGCUUGCCUGUGGAAAAGCUCGUAUUAUCUGUGAGAAAUGCUGGUGUCAUUCAGCAAAUCAAAGCCUUGGACCCCUACUGGGUGGACAAAAGAGAGUUGAUGUUAUAUGAAAGUCCCCCCACCGGAAAUGCAUUAGUGCUGGGUGCAAUCUCAGCAUGGAGGACAAAAAUGAAAAUAUAUUUAGAAGACCUGAAAUGGAUGCUAAGUUUAGAACAUCAUAAAUUUUGGAGCACUGUUCUUUACCAUCCGCAAUGCAUGGACACAUUAGUAUCAUUCCUGCAGGAAGCCAUACCUCCGUACCUACCCCCACAUGACAGUAAAGAUGUACAGAAACUUUAUGAAGAAAUAAGAAGGCUAGUUCUUAUUGUAUUUAGCAGGCUAGUUACGAAUAAAGAAAGCAAAACCAGAUGGAUGAGCAAAGAUCACAUGUCCACAUUACUAUACAACAACUUCAUAUUCACCAUACCGAUCAUAUGGGACAUUUGUUUGACAUAUGCCGUGGACAAUAGCCGGCACGUAUCGAGAUUAGUGGACAGUAUAUUCAUGAUACAGCCGAAGUAUGAAAGCGAUGCGGUAGCCGCUGUGGCGUUUGUUAAUGAGGCCUUCAAAUAUAUAAUAUUGCAAGUAAACAAAGACUACGAUAGCGAAGAACCUCCGAAUUUGCCGGAGACGUUCAACGGUUUCGGAGAAAUACGUCGGCCGUCGAACAACAAACCGACAGACAAACUCACAUUCGAUAUACUGAGAGACCUAGUGAUACAUUUACUGGACACUGCGAUGACGCUAAGGCUGUUUCUAGAAAUGUAUCCGAACGGUGUACGGAUAUUUAGGAAAACUAAUUUUAUAGUUAGUAUAGUCCAAUUGUACGAACACGGUGUACCCCAGCUGUAUGAGAAACUCCAGGAAUUGGGGGACCAGACCAGCGUCACUUGUACCGAAGUGGAGUCUUACAUAGACUCGGCACGAGCUGAACUUAUCGACAUCUUCAGAGAGACUUUAGCGGUCUACAAGAACAGUAUACUGAGCGGAGAAGGCAGCAUACAAUCUCACGUGGAGGAGUACCUCUCAGUGAUAAUGGACGGGUUGUCUGAGAAGCUCCUUAUAAAAGACUAUCACGCGUGUUAUUCAAUACACGAGGAUUUGGAGAUGUUGCGACAGGCUUACCCUGAUAUUGACACAGUAAAAACCGACUUCAUCCUCCAAGCGAUUUACUCCAACAUCGACGAACCAAUACCAGAGACAAUUUCGACCAAUAGCGAGCCAGUGCCCAACGGCCAUCUUGAAACCAUAGACAACCCGGGCCCGUCCACGGACAACGAAAUACCGGACAGUAUUCGAGAACAGUCUUUGAUCAGCGAAGUGAAGGAUAUACUCCCACAUUUGGGAGAUGGGUUCAUUUUGAAAUGUCUAAAACAUUAUGGUUUUAAAUCAGAGAGGGUUAUAAAUAGCAUUUUGGAGGGAAAUUUGGCGGAACCGUUGAAAGGUCUCGACCAGAACAUGCCAAUAAUACCUGAUGACCCCCUGGACCAGCACUUCCUUGCCACUGGUAUUCAGAGACUGAACGUGUUUGACGGAGACGAGUUUGACAUCAUGACAAGAGACGACGUGGCCUUGGACAGGAUGCAUAUCGGGAAGAAGAAGAGUCAUUACAGGGACCUGAAGGACAUGCUGGAUGACAAAAGCACUGUCAAGGAGUUGAAGAAUAAAGACAUAUAUGUCAAGUACAACAUGGUGUGUGACGAGACAGACUUGUACUCGGACGAGUAUGACGACACAUACGACUCCGACGGCGCCGCGCCGCCCGCGCCCGACGCGGAGGAGCCCCGGCGCCCUGUCGUCACGCCCCGGGCGCUGCAGGGCUCCCACGGCAGGAGGCGGGAGGAGGAGUCCGAGUCUGAUGAAGAGGAAGAACCGCAACCCAGCAGUAGCACCAGGAGCCGUAUGGACUUCUGUGCCAACCCAGAGGAGGUGAGGGCGCGGCGGGAAGCCAACAUGAACAUGAGGAGGGGCAAGGGCCAUAGACCACCGCCACCCAGAAACGUCGACGUUGUCGGCAAACCGAAGGGCCAAGGGCAAGAAAAGGAGGUUCUCGCUAAUCGGGAACGCAAAGAGAAGCACAAGUCCUCGCGCGCCAACCACAACCGACGACAGGGCGCUUCGUGGAAGCGGAGUCAGGGAAUGGUGCCCUCUUAGGUGUUAUUGAAGAAAUAUGUCAAUAUAAAAGAAAUACAUAUGUCAAUAUAAAAGAGAUAUGUCAAUAUUUCUUUCCUACAGAGAGUGCAGUCACAGAUUAAAAAAAAAAACAAGAUGGAGUAUAGUGGGCUAAAUAGCAAAAGAUACCACUUAAGUAUCGUAAACGUAUCGCGAUUUGUUCGUUUGUUUUAAGCCCACUGUACAUGAACAUACAAUCUUGAAGCUAAAUCCCUAAAUAAAAGUUCAGAAUGAGAUAAAUUUUGUAAAAAGAGGACCGCGUCCAAUGGCUAAAUAGCAAAAGAUACCACUUAAGUAUCGUAAACGUAUCGAGAUUUGUUCGUUUUGUAUGCGGCCCACUGUACAUACAAUCUUGAAGCCCAAUUCCUAAAUAAAGUUCAGAAUGAGAUUUUUGUAAAAAGAGGACCGCCUCCAAUCGGAAUCCUUCGUUUUUGAGAUCGGUUAAAUUUCUAAAACCUCCAAAGUGUUACAUCCUUUCACUUUCCUGAAGACAGCAUCGAAAUCGGUUCAGCGAAACGCGAGAUAAUCGCUGUCGUACAUACAUACAUACAAACAAACAUACAUACGUACAGGUCAAACUCAGAACCGCCUUUAUUUUUGAAUACGGUUAAAUAUGAUCAUCAAUGAUCUUUUUUCGUACAAUAUCUUCUAAUUAGUCCCAAUAGAAGACAAAUUGUUUGAUUUCCCUCCAUCCCUUUUUAAUUGGUAUAAUUGCAAGUUAAAGUGUUUAAAAAUACAACAAGUUUGUUACUUAAAUAGAUUUGUUUUAUGUUAAUAGACUUAUUUAUUGAAUGUAUUAUUUUAUUUAUAUAUGUAUUUAAUUUAAUGAAACUCGGCCCGACUACGCACAUGUCAUCGCCUAAAAGUCGAAUCGCAAGCUUAGUUAGCGCCUCCCUUAGUCGCCUUUUACGUUAUCCAUGGAAAGAUUUGGAGUGGUCCUAUUCCAAAGUGCUGGGAACCACACGGUUUUGUUAAUUAGAUUUUGUUUUCUGUAAGGCUCGUUCGUGUUUUUCCAUACCACACUUUAUUUAUAUAGAGUUAAGGUAGUUAAUUGUAUAAACUGUGAUCUAUUAUCAUGUGCUUCACCGAUCGUGUUAUUUUCUGUAUCAUUGUUAAGACGAAAUAAAUUGUUUUUUAUUGU